AUGAGCCGCAUAACAACCAAAGGAAGCUCAGCGAUAAUCGCCGAAACGCUGUUGGGGAGGUGCGCAGGGGAAACGGUCACGACGACAACGCAGCACCUACGGGACUACGACGAUAUGGCCACCGUUACUGAGUCCCGUGCCGCAGUCACCGCAGCCAUGUGUUGCGCGACGAUGUGCAGCUUCUACGACGAGGUCGGGGAGCUAUCCGGUGGGUCGCCCGCGCCCGCGUCCGCUGCCGCCGUUGCUGCGUCAUCCGGCACCAGCGGGUUCUUACGGCCGUCCAUGCGUGAGAGCGCUGUGACGCUGGCGCUACUGCGACGGCAGCUGCGACGGCGGCACGACAGUCAGCAGGCGGUGCUGCUGCUCCUGGUCACAACGUCUUCCGACCACAACGGCGCCACGCUAACGUGGCAAUUCAGAUGUUACCAGGCCCGUCUUGUCAAGGCCACCGGGGAGAUGCUGAUGGAGCCCGUAGAGCUACACGUCCUCAACCUGGGGGGCCAUAUAGGGCACACUGCCUACCAGGAGCUUAGUGCCGCUGCUUCAAUCAUGGCCUCGACCAGCCAGGGCACCAGACCGCAGCAACUGCCCGUACAACACGUCUCCAUGUCGUCGCCGACGUCGUCUGCAACGGCAGCGGCGGCGGCGGCGGCAACGGCCUUGCCGGGAGCCGACGCGGCGGCGUUGGCGGUACUGGCGGCGGGCGCGCGGGGUCAGGUUGCUGCGAUGAAGCAGCACUGCGACGCGUUGUUGAGUGGGUUGCAUGAGCUGUGUGGACAAGCGGUGGCGGGCGAGGCGACGGUAGCGGCGCUGCGGCGUCGACGAGACGCCCUGCUGGCGCAGCUGGCACGGACGCAAUGA